UGUGAUUUUACUUUGACGUUGGUGAAUAGCAGCAGGAGCAACAGUAAUCAGCAAUUUCGAUUUCGAGGAAGAAAAUAAAUAAAUCGUUGUGUUUAUUCCUGAAAAUUACGUACAUAUAUAAAAUCGUGACGUUUUAAGCAAAGUAUUUUAUUAGUUAAGUCACUACUCACUAUGUAAUUUAUUUGUAUAGAACGAACAUCCUGUGUUUUUCGACGAGAUCAGCUUUUAAUAUUAACACAUUUCUGACAACAUGGAGAAUCCAGAGCAUGAUCCUGAACGCACUGCGGUGCCUGACCAGGAGCCCCCAGUUUCUUGCUUCCAUCCUUCUACUAAAACACAUAGAUUCAUUGGCCUUGUAUUAAUGUGUUUCCUUUGUUUUGGUUCAUAUUUCUGCUAUGAUACACCAGGCGCUCUUGCUGAUAACUUCAAAAGUGACUCACACUUGAAUACAUCACAGUUUGCUCUGCUCUACUCUAUAUACUCAUGGCCUAAUGUUGUAUUAUGUUUUAUUGGCGGUUAUCUUGUUGAUAGGUGUUUUGGUGUAAGAUUGGGAACAAUAAUAUACAUGACCAUUGUAUUCAUUGGUGCAGUGGUGUUUGCAUUUGGAGUUUACAUUAAUGCAUACUGGUUAAUGAUACUUGGCAGAUUUAUAUUUGGUAUCGGCGGAGAGUCCCUGCAGGUAGCGGUGAACAACUAUGUGGUGGUGUGGUUCAACGGCAAGGAGCUCAACAUGGUGUUUGGGCUGCAGCUCUCCAUCUCCAGGUUCGGCAGCACCGUCAACUUCUGGGUCAUGGAGUCGAUCUACCGUUGGGUGGCGAAAUACUAUGCGGGCUACGAACGACUUGGCGUGGCCUUGUUUAUUGCUUCACUGACAUGUCUGGGGUCAUUGAUCUGUGCACUGUUUUUGGGCUGGAUGGACCUCAGAGCGGAGAAGGCUUUGAGGCAGCAGGCGGCGCAAGUUAAGCAAGAUCAGCCGUUCCAGCUCAAAGACGUGCUGAAAUUCAAACCUGUAUUCUGGCUGCUGGCUGUCAUUUGUGUUGCCUACUACUUGGCUAUAUUCCCUUUCAUCGCUUUAGGGAAGUUGUUCUUUGAACGCAAGUUCGACUUCGUGCCGCAAGACGCGAACACCGUCAACUCCAUGGUGUACUUCCUGUCGGCGGCGCUCAGCCCGUUCUUCGGCAUCCUCAUCGACAAGACGGGCCGGAACGUCACGUGGAUCAUGCUGAGCAUCGUCACCACCCUGGGCUCCCAUUUCCUGUUGGCGUUCACAUUUGUCAAUCCUUAUGUUGGAGUGAUAUCGCUCGGAAUAUCUUACUCUUUACUUGCCAGCGGCUUGUGGCCGCUUGUCGCGAUGGUCGUUCCCGAGAGUCAGAUGGGCACCGCAUAUGGAAUAUGUCAAGCUGUACAGAACCUGGGAUUGGCCGUCACUAUAAUAUUGGCCGGAAUGAUAGUUGACAACUAUGGAUACUUCAUGCUGGAACUGUUCUUCCUCGGAUGCCUAUUUGUUUCGCUGAUAGCGGCUGUUCUGAUCUACAUCCUGGAUUCGGCUUCUGAGGGAACUCUCAACUUGUCGCCGAGCGCGAGGGAAUCUCUGCUCAAAACGAGAGUGAGUACAGACGAAACAGCGAACUUACUCGAUCACGCCGAUAGUUCCGAUCAAGAAGAGACAGAUUCGGGGCUUCCGAAUAGUAACAUGGCGUCCAGCAGCGCGGGCGAGAGCGGGGAGGGCGCGGGCGGGGGGGCGCGGGACUCCGCGCUGGCGCAGUCCGACCGGAUACGCAGCCGAUACAUAUCGCACCUACUGCCCACUACUAACAUUCCAGAAAGACCUUAGACUAUUCUCGACUUAGUAUAAUUUUAAUUGUAAAUAUAAUAACUAAUUUGUAGACUAAUAUUAUUAAUUUUGUGAUAUUUUAUAUUAAAUGUAUUAUUAGAAGUUGACAAUUAUGAAUAAAUGACGUAUAAUGCAAA